AUGUCUAACUUUGCCGGCACCUGGAAGAUGAAGAGGAGUGAGAAAUUUGAUGAACUUCUCAAAGCCCUGGGUGUGAACGCCAUGCUGAGGAAGGUGGCUGUGGCGGCCGCCUCCAACCCUCACGUGGAGAUCCGUCAGGACGGUGAGCAGUUCUACAUCAAAACCUCCACCACUGUGCGCACCACCGAGAUCAACUUCCACAUUGGCCAGGAGUUCAACGAGGAGACGGUGGAUGGAAGGAAGUGCAAGAGUCUCGCAACCUGGGAGUCAGAAAACAAGAUCCACUGUGAGCAGACUCUGGUGGACGGCGAUGGCCCCAAAACAUUCUGGACCCGAGAGCUGAACGGAGACGAGCUCAAACUAACUUUCGGGGCCGAUGACGUAGUGUGCACACGAGUUUACGCUCGUGAAUGA